AUGGCUCCAGCAGAAGUCAAAGCGGCUCUAGCAGUCGCUCUUGGUAGUAAUGCGGGACCUUAUUGGAAAACUCUCUCCGACUUUCUCCAAGGCAAAAUGUCCCGCGCAGAGUUUGAGGACCAUGUAACGGAGAAGUUGGACACGCCACAGCUGAAGCAACUUCAUAAUACCCUGCUUCUGGAGAUCAUAGGGGCGGCGUGCACUACGGAGCCAGACACCCUGACCACACAUUCAAUCAUUCCCACAAACAAACGGAGACGAGUUCAUCCUUACCAAGGAAACUCUGAUGAUGGCGAGACGUUUCACUCACGACGACUCAAGCAAUGGAUAUCCGGACUUCCCAAGGCGGAGCGGCUAGACAUUCAGAAACAAGGUGCCUAUGCCGAAGCACACGUCAAAGAAGAGCGCUUGCUUCUAGAAGAAGUUGGGCAAGAUCGCGGGUAUGAUGUGGAGUCGCGGGGUCGCCCUGUGCCAGGAUCUUUGGCGCUGUGCACCUUGACACGCGCCUUGCCGACCCUUCCAGACUUGCACGAGCGAACACGGGCAGUCGCCUCGGAGUAUAACUUGGGAAUCAAUCCCAACACCUCGCGCAGCUUCGCCAGGCUAUUCAAUCAAGCGUUGGAGGACUUUUUGAUUAAAGUCAUCACAGCGACACUGACAACCAUCACUCGGUCAGAUUCUCAAUACGAAUCCAUCCAGCCUCCAGCGACCGUUGAAGCACAAUCAAGCUUCCUUUCUGCCAAAAAUUCUGGAAUCAAAGUGACCAUGAGUGUCAUGUCUCUUCUCACUACUAUUCACAUCACUCCAUCCAUUCUCCCUUUCCCCUCGCCCGCCGUUCUCAAGGUAAUGAUGCGAGAGUUCAAAUGGCCCGACGAGCCACAGGAAACUGCAGUCGUGAACAAGGGCCAAAAAGGUCUUCCCCUGAGUGCAAAGCCACUUUCGGACUACUAUCGCCUCUUUCGCGCUGCUCGCUCUGGCGGACCCCUCAUUCUUUCGGAUUACUGCGCUUUUCAAUAG